UGUACAUGGUUCCCCCAGUCAAAAUAAGAGUAAGAGCUGCACCACAGUGUGUCUUCAACAUUUCACCAGUAUACAGCUCCCUCUGACUGCACGACAGAUGGACUCUGAUGUAGGGUUACUGUACUUUCGUACUCAUGCUACAGAUAUAGGCUAUCAUAUAAUGUCCCAAUACUGAGACUAAUCAACUGUGGUAUCAGAGUGAGAGAGCUCAGAGCUGAAUAAGUAUUAAAUAUGAUUCAAAGAAUUUAAAAAAACAUAUUUUAGGCAGUUUUAUUGUAAUGCUGAACCACACACACACACACACACACACACACACACACACACACACACUAGUGUGGAGGAGGUUUGCUGCAACUGUCUAUCAAGUUUGUUGCCCUUGAUGCCGCACCCAAAUUACUGACGUCAGAGGGAACUAUAUCCAUCAAGCUGGUUCAAGGUCACAACUAUCCAAGAUCUAUUCCUAGAUGAGCAAGAGCCAAGCACCGUUGGCUGCAUGUGGGACACAUUUAAGCCCCAUGGCACCGCCCACUGUUUAAUCACAUGAUAGCGAUGGGACGCGGCUCUUCAGGGCCGGAGAAGCGGCCUCGUCUUGCAGCCAGCCUGCAGCUCCUGCAGCCAGCAGCCAGCAACCAGCGCGUUUAAAGGGACAGCACCGGGAUCUCUCGUCAGCCGUGAUGGCGGACUCCAGCCUCAACAACAUGACAUCUCUCGCCCGUGCUUUGUCACAGCCGACACUAGAGCUGACUGAAGUGAACGACGUGUUUUCUCCGAGAAACGCUCAGCGGCAUUCAUGCAGAAGGAGAAAGUUGUCGAGCUGCAACUCUCUGGAGACCAUCGAGCCGGUGACUUCACCCUCCGCCAUCGAGGCGCGGGUCCUGGUCAUCAACACCGGAGGGACCAUCGGAAUGACGCUCCACGAUAACGUGCUUGCCCCAAAAGCCAAUUCUUUUGUGAAGGGCCUGCGCAAGUUGCCCAUCCUCCACGAUGAGUUGUAUGCCCAGCAGACCUGCCUGUAUCAGUACUACGGAUCGGAGAACAGCCUGGUCCUGCCGCUGAGUAAAGACAAUAAGAGGAUAGUCUAUACUGUUAUAGAGUACAACCCUUUGCUGGACUCCUCCAAUAUGACCACAGAUGACUGGGGUAGAAUUGGAAAGGACAUUGAGAAAAACUACGAGAACUAUGACGGUUUUGUGAUCCUCCAUGGCACAGACACUAUGGCUUACACAGCCUCUGCCCUGUCCUUUAUGUGUGAACACCUGGGCAAACCAGUCAUUCUCACCGGAUCACAGGUGCCGAUCUAUGAGAUGAGGAAUGAUGGCAGAGACAACCUGCUGGGGGCACUGCUGAUCGCAGGCCAGUUUGUCAUUCCCGAGGUGUGCUUGUACUUCUACAACAAACUCUACAGAGGGAACCGUGUGACCAAGGUGGAUGCUGGGAGUUUCAAUGCAUUCUCCUCCCCUAACUUGGCUCCUCUGGCCGUCGCUGAAGUGGACAUUACAAUCAACUGGGAUACAGUGUGGAGGGCAAACACCACGGCAAAGUUUCAAGUCAGCACUGAGCUGAACAGGAACGUGGGCCUGCUCAGGCUGUUCCCGGGAAUCACUUCUGCUACUGUGAGGGCUUUCCUGCAGUCACCCAUGGAGGGUGUAGUCCUGGAGACUUACGGCAGCGGAAAUGCCCCCGAUAACCGACCUGACCUUCUGGAGGAGCUGAAGAAGGCCACCGACUCUGGUGUCAUCAUCAUGAACUGCACCCAGUGUCUGAGGGGGACCGUGUCUGCAUCUUACGCCACCGGCAGGGUGUUGAUGGAUGCAGGGCUGAUAGCUGGUGGAGACAUGACUCCAGAGGCGGCCCUGUCUAAGCUGUCCUACGUAUUGGCCAAGAAAGACAUUAGUUUUGAGGCCAAGAAAAAGAUGAUGGGUCAGAACCUGCGAGGUGAGAUGGUUUCAGACUUAGCAGGAGCCAAGCUGUGUCUGAGCGACAGCCGCUUCAUCCAGGUCAUCGCCAAGUCUCUGAGCAUCAGCUGCAAGGAGGAGCUGGAAGCCAUCCGUGAUGCCCUGACUCCACCACUAGCAUGUGCUGCUGCUAAGAUCGGAGACAUAGAGGCCUUCGAAGCCCUACAGGAAAUGGGCAGUAACUUGUGUCUGAGCGACUACGAUGGACGUACACCCCUACAUAUCGCUGCCUGUGAGGGCCACCUCAAACUGGUGGAGUACCUACUGAGUCACGGAGCCACGGUCUAUGCUAAAGAUCGCUAUGGAGACACACCCCUUAGCAACGCUGUACGCUUCAGGCACAAGGAGGUCGUGAAGCUGCUGAGAAAGACUGGAGCUCACUUCUCCAGAGACGAGUUGGAUGAGGCCGGAACUGAACUGUGCAGCCUGGCAGCCACCGGCGACCUGGAGGGCCUAGAAAUGUGGAGCCUUGCUGGAGCUGAUCUGAAUAAACCAGGCUACGACGGACAGACAGCACUACGACUGGCCCACUCUGUUGGCAAAAAGGAAGUGGUGGCAUUUUUAGUCCAACUCAUGAGCAAAAAAGCCAAGCCAGUAAUUGGUGAAUUUAAUGAGUAUGAUGAAAAUGAGGAUGAUGAUGAUGAGAGUGGAGUGAUCGAGUUUACAGCCACCCCGACAGGACUGUGAGCUGACGUUACCUCAACCAACAUGACUCAUCCUCCUUCAGCAUCCACUUCCCUCACACAAGACAUCCUCUUCACUCCGUCCACCGCACUAUUCAAUUUCACAGAGUUACCGUGACUUUGGAUGUUAGAUUGUCAUGCUUUCUUAAAGCCAUCACCGUUACAGCGUUUCCCUCCAAACCCAUUAAAAGUACAACUUUGUGUAAGCACUACUUUGAGUGCAAGAUGCACAAAAAGGGCAUGACUAUUGGCAUAUGUAUGUAGAUGUGUGAUUGUUGCACAGUAGUUUAUGUAUGUGAAUUUUCCAAUCAGGGAUUAAGGGUGAACUUCACCUGAGCUGUUUUAUGAAUGCUGAAACCUACCAUUACACUAUGUUGUUAUAUGAACUAAAAGAGUUACAAAACUCUUGACUACAGUCACAUACUUGAUGAUAUAAUGUUGCAAUACAUUCAUGAUAUCUGAAACUACAGGGUUCACUUACAGAUUUUAUUUUUAUGCAGUUUUUUGUACUGAAAUGCUGGAAAGUGAAAAUAUAUUUUAAUUUUCUUGGCUGUUAUUCAGCUAUAGCCCUUGUCCGCUGCCCCUGAAACAGAUCCCUUCCUGUUGCUCAAACAGGUACUACAAAAACCUAUGGUUAGCUUCCAGACUCAUCCAGCCUGUUUCUUGCACUGAUUAUCAAGCUGGAAGAAUCGCAUAUCUCACUUUGAAAUGGAAAAGGGAAAUUCUGACUAUUUUGUGAGCCAGAUAAAGACUGUCUGUGUUCUCAUCUAUUUUGAUGUCAAAUUAUAUUCUUUGCGUACUCAAUUGCAAACAAUUGCCAAGUGUGCUUUCCUUAUUUUUGUUGUGUGACGAGUAUGGGAUUUAAAACAUCACAACUCUUGUAUGGUUUGAAAAGUUAUUAAAUCAAUUUAGGUCUGUGUGUUUUACACUGCAAUGUUAACACCUCUCCUGUGAUCAAUGGGACUCUGAAGUGCAAACUAAUGUAAAUGACCUGAAAUUCCUGCUGUUACAAGUGUUAUUGCCCCACUGAUAUAUUAAAAAAAGGUGUUUGUGUGUGAGAGAGAAAGUCAUUCGGUGGUCUUUUGUCUUCUAUGGAAAAAAAACCCCAACAGAAAUAAAUCUUUUCUUUCAAA